AAAAGCGAUUUACGUGGUGGUAACUAUUAUCACAUAUAAAUACACACAAUAUGUACACAAGGGCAUUACCUCAUUGUGACAACAUUCCCUUGCUUCUCCAUUUUCCUCUUAUUUUUGUCCCUUUUGUUGGUUCUCUUCCUCUCUGCUUUGCUUGAAACAAUUUAAAGAGGAACAUACAUUGAAGAUCCAGAGUUAUUCUGGAAAACGCACACAUUUCUCACUAGCAACUCACAGCUUGAGCUUGAUGAUCCAAGAAUUCAGGAAUCUCCUCAGUGUAUGUGUGUGAAUUUCCAUGAGUUGUAGAUAAGUUCUUAAGAUACUACACUCUACCUUAUAGUACCUAGCGUGCUCGCGAUACAUAGAUAUCAAUUCACGGAGAGCAUAGAGAAAUGGCAAGCAGCAGUAGCAACAGUGGCAGCGGGAGCUCCUCCAGUCCCAAUUCCGGCUACGUUCUAACCAUGAUCGAGAAUCAAACCGAUCGAACGCUGCUGCUCAAGGAAGGAAGGGGCAUUUGGAGGCAAGAGAUGCGGUACCAAAUCGAGCCGUGGUCGACGGCAGUGAUCCGGCUGGAGCUGGACGAUGCGAGCCGCCACAACGCCGCGCUCGUCAUGGUCUAUGGCGAGGAGGAGGAGGAGGAGAUCCCCGAUCGCCACCACGACCACCACCGGUAUCACCACUACUUGAACAUGAUCAACUUGGAAACUUCCCCGGUUUACGUUCCCAUCGAUCAGCUUCUGUGCCACAAGAGGAUCGUCGUGUGCUGGAAGAAGGGAAGGUACCUGUGGACUGGUCACACAAGAUUUCUACUGGAACAAGUCCAUAUCACUUGUAUCGAUGUAUAAUCCUGAAGAGAUCAGUUUGUGGAUGCCUUCAAUUGCUAUCAAGAAGAUCAAGGCUCUUAUGAUCUGUAACAAAGAAAAAGUGGUGGAAAAAUGCGACGCACCAGUAGAUCUAUCAAUUGUUGGCUAGUGGCUUAAAAGAUCACAUAGAUAAGGAGAGGAAGAAAAAGCUGCAAAAGAGACACGGCAUCCUUUUAAUUGUUUUUUACAUUAGAAAAAGAUUGUUGUGUAUAUUUCUAAUAUAGAUCGUGAGUUUAAAAA